AUGAGGCCUCUGCCGCCAACAGCAGCACCAAGACCUCAAAAUUCAACUCGGACGAAUUCAACUACGACGACAACAGGCACUGCAAGACAGCCUCUAUAUAGUGAGCCUGCUACCGACGAGUAUGGCUAUAGCACCUUAGAUGAUGACGGGGAAGAAGACCCGUUUGGAGAUCAACGUCAACACAUCACCCUCAAAACGUACCCCGAACCGUCAAUCUCACACAGAGGCUCACAGUUCAGUGAUUUUGGAGCUGAUGAACGACAUAGAGGCUCUCAAUUCAGUGAUUAUAGAGGUGAUGAACGGUCACGCCAAUCAUCGUCAAAAUCCAGUUUAAGUGGCAGCACUCUGGCCGAUAAAUUAGCUUCUGUUGCUUCAAUCGCUAAAGAACGGGGUACGGAAUGGUCGAAAAUCGCUAUGGAAAAGUCUGCUGUGUACUUGGAGAAGGCGAGCGAGUAUACUGACAAGGCAUACAUUGCUGCAAAGGAGCGUGUUGAUGAAUACCGCACACAGAAUCGCUCGCCAUCACCAGAAGCACAAUCACGGAAAGAGUCGCCGUCAUUCCAGCCCAAAGGGCCCAGCCUGAUAUUUGGAGAGCCAUUAUCGCUCGCAGUUUCAAGGGCACCUGUAUCAGACGAUCUCCCGAUACCGAUAGUGGUGUAUAGGUGUAUAGAAUAUCUAGACAAGGAGGGCCUUACCGAAGUAGGACUUUAUAGACUGUCUGGAUCAAAUGUUGCUGUAAACAAAUUCAAGGGGGUCUUUGAUGCCGCAGAUGAUGUGGAUUUCAGUAGUAUGGAGGAGAGGCCGGAUCCGAAUAUUGCUGCUAGUUUGGUAAAGUUGUAUUUUCGAGAAUUACGAGAACCGAUCUUGACGAAAGAACUCGUGCCAGAAUUCACGCAACUAGUGUCAUCAGUACAGGCAGGCUCGCCGCCGAAUUCCUCUGUUCAGCAGGACGCACAUCUGAUACCUGAGCUCGCCCGUCUAUGCAAUCAGCUUCCCACAGAAAAUUAUUAUACUCUAGCAUACCUCUUUCGACACUUGCACAAAGUGUCGAAAAACAAUGAAGUCAAUAAAAUGACGACUUCGAAUUUACAGGUUGUGUUUACGCCGACGCUGGGAAUAAGCUCUACUCUAAUACGGAUGAUGAUUACGUAUUGGUGGGAAAUAUUCGAAAAAGCCCAACACUUAGAUGGAGGGGUAUCAGCGUCUAAACAGCCAUCAUCAUCCUCUCAAACAUCAUCGUCAACAAAACGAGUAGCACCUCCACCACCGCCAUCUAGAAUAGGAUCUGGAUCCAAGAGUGACUUGAAACCAGCAGCAUCGUCGCGAUCGAAUUCAAUGAAUAUAGUCAGUACAAAUAGUAGUGUUGCCAAUGGUGAGAAUAACAGCUCGCCGCCACUUGCACCAAGACCACAACGACCACCAAAACCUGUAGUUGUAUCAGACGCUCGACCGGUGUCGUCACCAGGAACCGCACCUAGGAAUAAUAGUAGUAGUAGUAAUAGUAGUGGUGGAAGUAUACGGAAGAAUCCAUUCAUGCAAGCGGGGAUAGUGUCGACUGCUUCUCCCAGUCAGCCAAUGCAAUGGAAUCCAUUUGGUGAUGAUGUGCCUUCAAAGGGGCUCGAUAAAUAA